AUGGCAGAAGUUGGUCAUUUGGUAUCAGCAAGACUUAUUAAGCUUCCUACUGUAAAGCCAGCAAACCCGAAACCCUCUCAAUUGGUGCCUCAUUCAUUCAAAAUCAGAGCUGCUUCAAAAAGAAACUCUUUCUCUCUGAGCAACAAAAAGAACAGCAGGAGUCUGAUCAAAAUAUCAACAGCAGAUGGGAGAUGGCAUGGGAAUUGGUGCUGUGAUUACCUUCUCUCCCUCCAUGACCUGCGUUUGGAAGAUUUGAUUGAAGAUGAAAAUGAAAAGGAUGCACAAGUUUCAGUUAAUCUCUGCGUCCAGAAGCAUGCUAGCUUUGGCUUCUCUGUUGAUGGAAAGAUCAUGACAUCAUUCACCAGAAAAUGUAGCAACUGCUCUUCUCCGUACUGCAGAAAGAUCAACACACAAUUUAAUGUAUGGGUUCUGUCGUCAAGCAGAGACGAGCACACAAUUCAACUGCCUGAGAUCGGUGGUGACGAUCCAUCAUUAACUGAGCUCGAUUCACUGAUACAGGACACGAUACGGCUUGCCACCUCCAUAAAAGAUACUUGUUCAGAGCUGUGUGAGAAAUCAUAUCCAACUGUAGAGUAUAUUGGUGGACAAAGCACUGCUUCUAUUGAUAAGAGGUGGUCUAGACUCUUGGAGCUAAGGGAUUUGCAAUAA